AUAUACGUGUACUCAUUUCAAAGUAUUGGGAAAAUAGUAAAAAAAUCAUAGUAGCUAUGGAUAGUGAUAAAUUCGUACAUGUAUACGAAAUGAUUUUAAUUUCGACUGGGAUUUUAGCAUCAUUUAUUUUACUGUAUAAACUUUUUCGAUUAUUACGUUUGUUCGUAAUUUUUCCGCUUUCUAAAUAUUAUGCUGUUGAUUUGAAAAAUUAUGGAGAAUGGGCCGUUGUGACCGGUGGAAAUUCGGGAAUUGGAAAAUCUUACGCUUUACAACUGGCUCAACGUGGAAUGAACGUCCUCAUCGUUGGCAGAAAUAUGGAUACUCUUAAACAGACCAAGAAAGAAAUCCAAGACAACUACCGAGUUCAAUGUGAGUACGUACAAAUUGAUUUUACUGAAAACGGAAACAUUUACACCAAGAUAAAGCGACAACUAGAAGACAGGAACGUCGGUAUUUUGGUUAUUUCUGCUGGUAUUAGUGGUAAUUUUCCGUGUCAUUUUCUCGAAGAAACCCACGAAAACGUAAUUGCCAUGAUACAAUUACACAUUCGAGCCGUAGUAAGAAUGAUUGAUUUAGUUGUUCCGUCCAUGUUAGCAAAACAAAGUGGAGCUGUAGUUAUUGUAUCGUCCGCAUCUUCGAAAUAUCCCGACCCGGCAGCGAGUCUUUAUUCGUCCUGCAAAGCAUUUUCAGAUCGAUUCGGCAGAGCAAUUUCUUGGGAAUUCAGAAAAGAUGACGUUCACGUUCAAUGUCUUGUUCCUUAUUUCGUCUCGACCAAUAUGGUAAAAUCUGUUGAAAAAUACCUUGAACCACUAAGAUAUUUUAUAGUUUCUAGUGAUGAAUUUAGUAAAAGUGCCGUGAAUACCAUUGGAAUCGACAACUACACAACAGGGCAUUGGAAACACGAACUUCUGGGUAUAUUAUUGAGUUUUUCUCGUAACUUCCUUCUUAAAUAUAUUGUUAAAAAGAUAUUUAAAACAGUACAUUUUAAACGAUGUAAGAAAAACUAGUAGUGUUGACAUUACACUUCUGAAAAUCUGUCCAUGAACUGUAAGUGUCCAAGAAUAUUGUAUUCAAGUAUAUUUUUUAUAUAGAUCAUUCUUACAAGUAACAGGAAUACGAAAUAUAUUUUACGUUUAUAUGGUUUACAUCUGUGU